AAAAGGUAAAGCAAGUAGAAACUAAUAUUCAGCUUAUAUUAUUUGGCAGAGAUUUACAAAUCAGAUGUGUGUAUUUUUAUCACUUAUCAAUUUCAACUUAUAUCCUCAGUUACUGACACACCACUGCUGGUAAAUUGGAACAUAAACUCACCUACAAAUGCAGUACAUUACCUUUUUAUUUGCUCAAGUUGCAGCUUCUGAUUUGUCAGGGAGCUGCCAGUGUUGCCUACACCAGACUGACGACAGAAAACGCUGGGAGGAAACUCCAUAUAUGACCUAACAGACGUGCAAUAAGCCUCAUAAAAGCUGAACUCACCUAUUAUAUGACGUUCAGACAAACUCAUAAUGUAGGCUCUCCUUAUUCUCACACAGAUUGUAUUGCAUUAGACCUCUGUGUUAGACAUAAGAGAGGUAAAGAUGUUUUCUUGUAAAAUUCCUUUCACAGCAAACAAGAGAAUGAAGAACAGGGCGUUGAUAGUGUCUGUGGAGAACUUCUAUCCAGGUGCAGGUCUGGGCAAGAGGAAAGGUGCGAAGAAAGACACUCAAAGACUUCACAAAAUCCUUAGCAAGCUCGGUUUCUCUGUGGACAUCAGAAUGGACAUCGAGGCAGAAGAGAUCUAUGAAGCAUUUAAAGCAGAGAGCAAGAAAACAGUCAAAGACUGUUUUGUGGGCAUCAUAUCCAGUCAUGGUGAGGAGGGUGUUGUGUUUGGCGCUGAUGGAUGUGCUGUUAAACUGGCUGAGAUCUACACCUGCUUUGGAGGCCCUUCAAUGGCAGACAAGAGCAAACUCUUCCUGAUUCAGGCUUGUCGUGGACAUGAGUUGGAUGGAGGUGUGGAGGUGGAGGCAGACUCUUCAUUCUCAGAGAAAGACGACGGCAUGUCUGAGCUGUUUUCCAUUCCUAAUGACACAGCAGUCAUGUACGCCACAUCUCCAGGUUACGGUGCAUUCAUGCAUCCUGCGGGGUCGGAGAUGAUUCAAACUUUUUGUGAUUUGCUAGAAGAGGAAGGAGGUCCAGAUCUGGAGAUCACAAGACUUCUGACUCGACUAAACUAUAAGGUGGCCUACAACUUUGAAGCGAGAGGGAAACUGUUUGGUGGCAAAAAGCAGAUGCCGUGUUUUGUGACCCGCUUUACCAGAGAGGUUUACCCGUUCAUGGACAGAAAGAUGGCAGCAGCAGAAGAUUUGAGCUUGAGUUUUGCAGCAACGCAGCUUAUCGAUGAACCCAGAAGGACACGGACGAGCUCCAUCAGCUGAAGAUCACUGAACAGAGACUGACUGCAAAGAAUAUGUGGAGAAACUGCUUCAUCUUAACUCUUUUAUAACAUCUCUCAAAGUAUCUCACAGGAGACUGAUAAUAAAUCAAGUGACGUCAUGUCACGUAAAGUUGCAUGUCCAGCAGGAAGUGAGUGGUUGGGAAAGUUGCAUGUGACAUGUUGUCUUAGCACUCCAUUUAUGUGUCAUGUGUUUUUGUUAUUGCUACCUCAUUUUAUAUAUAUAUAUAAAUAUAUAUAUAUAUAUAUACGUAUGUAUAUAUAUAUAGUUUACUUACUCUCAAUAUACAAUACUGUUCAAAAGUGUGAGGUCAUUACAAGUUUUUACUGCGUUUGAAAUAUUCUAUAUAUAUAUAUAUAUAUAUAUAUAUAUAUAUAUGUCAAACGAUUAAUCGUGAUUAAUCACAUGCAAAAUAAAAGUUUGAGUUUGCCUAACUAAUAUAUGUGUGUGUACUGUGUGUAAUUAUUAUGUAUAUAUAAAUACACACAAAUUAAUGUAUAUAUUUAAGAGAAAUAUGUUAUGCACAAAAUAUUUUUAUUUGUACAUAAUACAAAUUAUAAUAAAUGCAUGUACAUGAAUGUGUUAGUAUUUAUAUACAUAAUAAUUACAAACAGUGCACAUAUAUGUCAGGCAAACUCUAACUUUCAUUUUGUAUGCGAUGAAUCAGGAUUAAUCGUUUGACAGCCCUAAAAAAAAAAAAUGAAUAUAUACAUAAUUUUUUUUUUUUUGUUGUUGUCACAUGAAUCUUCAGAAAUCAUUCUAAUAUCCUGCUUUAGUGUUCAAGAGUCAUCUUUUAUUAUUAUCAACCAUGAUACUUUUUUUCAGGAUUCUUUGAUGAGUGGAAAAUUCAAAAUGAUAGUAUUUAUUCGAAACAGAAAUCUUUUGUAACAUAAUUGACGUCUUCACUGUCACUUUUUAUCUAUUCAGUGUGUGCUUGCUAAAAAAAAGUAUUAAUUUCUGUCAAAAUAACAAAUUCAAAUGUACAUUCAAAUGUUUGAGUCUAAAAUAAAACUGGAAGAAAGGUUAGCUGUCUGUGACUCAGACUGUGUAAUCAUCAUCACCCUUUGCCCCUGCUAUAUUUACUGUAA